AUGGCUCCGGCAUCUCUGAGGAUAAGGAGAAGGUCACCGCUGAGGUGAAGAGCCAUGACCUUGUCCAUUGAACCUAUCAGACGUCCGCCUAUGAACACUGUCGGCACCGGCGGGCUGCGGCCAAUAAGCUUCGCCAGCUCCACCUGCAUCUGCUUCCCGUAUGGUGACUUGUCCAGCUCGUGGACGUCGUAGCUGACGCCGAGGUUGGAGAAGAAGGUCUUCAUUGAGUGGCAGAGGCAGCAGAAGGUCAUGCUGAAGAUAACCACUGCUUUCUGCGAUGCCAAGUACAUCACGCGGUCCAUGGAACUGUAGAAAACGUAUAAUGUAUAUGAUGUCCUUCGCAGAAACUUCCUGAUGGAGAGGCUACUGGUGGCUUGAUGACUCCGAUCCGUCGGUGAUCUUGGCUCUUAAUGUUCUCUAUUUAUAGAAGUUUCAUGGCACGGAAAGCUGCAUUUGUGAGAUCUAUGCUCUUUCUGUCAACUGUUCUGAGGACGGAAAGACGCAGAUUCUGUCGUCUGUAGGCGUCUAGGCUCGCUUCUUCGUCGUCAUCGGCGGAAGCUCUCGAGUGGGUGUCCACACUCUAUUCAAUGCAGAUGCUCUCAAUCAUCCGUCUUUCUUUCACCGGCGCCCACGUGCCAAUCCAGGAGCUUCGUAGAUAACCAUUGACGGUUCGCAUGAAGAGAUCUAUCAUUAGCUUAUUUCUCUACAAUGUGGCUAACAGUAGAUGAUUUUCCGUGUUCCGCCUUUCAGUGAAUCCCGGAUUAAGUUCAGGGAACGUCGACUACCUCGUUGUAUGGUGGAUAGGGAGAAUUCCGUGAACCCAAUCUUGAUGAGAUCAUCUCUUUAUUACAACAUGCUCCCCAUCCCUGCUUUGCUGUUGCCUUUUGACGUGCGUCUCAGAUUCUCUCGGGCUCCUACAGUGAACCGAGAAUGUCUGCGGUCAUAUUUUCUGGAUUCUUCGUUCGCCCGAUCUUAUCUACUAACAGGAGGGAAGAUAUGAUUCCGACGAAAGGUGGGUCAUGACUUUCUCCCCAGCAUGACUACCCAUUAUGGAAUUAUCAAAGGUUACUGAAGGCGUAGUUUGCUUAUGGAAAAUGGGUAUCUCGUCUAUUAUCUGCUCGAAUUGCACUAGCACCAAAAUGUUCUUCAGUCGGUUCUUCUCAUAUGCUCCUGCGAAAGUGUUUUUCUGCCUGGGAUCGGGAUGUAAAGGGUAGGAUUUCCAUGGAAAAGAAGAUAAGUUCGGCGAACUCGUGUUCGACGAUCGCCGAUAAGACCAGCUGAGGUGGUAGUCCCCUGGAUGAUCUUCAAUUAUUGUUCUCUCAGGCCACCCUCUGUCUUAAACCCUAUUGUAGCCUUUCCCCUUUCAUCUAGCUGUCGUAAAUACCGAGAGAAUCUAUAGACGGAAAAGGGAAAAUAUCAAGCGGAGAUAACUAAGAGAGAGAAGAAAGGCUUGGCUACUGUUUGUUUCAUCCUCAUCACUUUAUUUUUCUGUAUGAAGAUGCGUUCUUUAUCCGCUGCGAUUCGAGAGAGGAAGCGCAAUAUAUAUUUUGUUUUCAAUCUUUGUAGUUGCCAGGCAGGUGAUAAGGUGGAAGGCAUCGGGAUUAGCAGUACCCGGUUAA